UUUAACCUCACAUUCCUGUAGUUCUUCACAAACUGUGAGUGUUUCCAGAAUUUCUACAUGACGAGAAAUGAUGACUUUACUAUAAAAACAAUAAGCGUUACGCUACACAGACACAAUCCAGGUGCUUUUCUCAGCUGCAGCUUCCAGGUCAACCAGUCCAACCAGUUGACUGGAGCAGCUCAGCCUCAGCUGGUUCCAUGUGGGACAUUUACACUUGGAGGACGGACUGAGACAGGUCCUGCAGGAGAUGGAGGCUCUGUACGACCAGAACCAGGCUGAUGUCAACGAGGCCAAGAGCGAAGGUCGAGCCGAGCUGAUUCCCUCCAUCAAAGUGCGCCACUGCUGCCUGCUCAGAGACCAGCGCUGCGUCACCGCCUACCUUUACGACCGUUUGCUGAGGAUCCGAGCUCUGCGGUGGGAGUACGGCAGUGUGCUGCCUGCGAAUGUUCGCUUCCACAUGUGCGCGGAGGAGAAUUUUAGGAUGACCAUUGUUGUACUGUCUCAGCUGCAGUGGUUCAGUCAGUACAAAAAGUCUCUGGCAUCGUUCAUGCGAUCUUUGGGUGGAGGAGAAGGUCUGGACAUCACUCAGGACAUGAAGCCUCCAAAGAGUCUUUAUAUCGAGGUGAGGUGUUUAAAGGACCAUGGAGAGUUUGAGAUUGACGAUGGAACAGUGAUUCUGCUGAAGAAGAACAGUCAGGUCGUCUUAGGAGUGGCCUGGGACAUUUUGUCAUGUGUGUGUGUGAUGUCCGUCUCCCUCUGUCCUCAGCACUUCCUACCGCGCUGGAAAUGUGAGCAGCUGAUCCGUCAGGGUGUCCUGGAGCACGUUGUGUCCUGAGGAACUGAAACCUGAUGAAUGUCUGAAUAAAGUCAUGUUUUCUUAAUCACUAGUAAAAA